GUGGGUUUUCGAAAUUCCGAGGCUCCAUCUCUGCUUUCACACACAAUUUCUCCUGACCAGGACUUGACAGCCCUGAUCUCAUCAAUCAUCAUCAUCCUUUUCUAUACCAUCGAAUCGACCAUAUCUGAUCUAUUACCAUGAAGAGACGCAACGUGUUUUCGAAAUCUGAGACUAGUGCCACUAGUACGGGUAAAACGCCAAGCGCCAUUUCCAAGCUGAACCCUCUCCGCCGUGUGAGGACCGACACCAUCACACACAACAAGCAAAAGUCAGCAGCUGUCAAUCCGCUUCGUCGCACCAAGACGGUGGAUCCUCCAUCGGAUUCCCUGACCUCCUCGACUUGUUCGACUGCUACCACAGAGGAUGGUAUACUGCUGUAUCCGGAAGAAUUCAUCAUGCCUUCCAUGAGCAACAACAAUACUACUACUAAUAAGGAUGAACCGCCCAUUCCACGCCGUGGCGGAGUCCUGUUCAAGGACAACUCGCAGUACCAACUGCAACGUGUCAAGUUUGCGCAAGCCACAAAGGGAAUUCUCAAGGUGGCCAGCCUGGAAGACUCUCUGCGAUCCUGUCUUGCCAAGGACAAAAUCGAUGCCAAACCUCGUCGGGCCUCUUUCAAUUUAUUGGAAUCCCAACUGUCCAGUUCUCGCAACGUGUUUGCCGAUGCCGUGCAAGUUGCCAGGGACACCCAGAAAUAUGCGGAUACGUCUCGUGGUUGUAUCUCGCUGUCCUCUGGAAUGGACAUGGACCUCGCCAGUUCUUCGUUCAAUCUACCACCCACUAUGACUACUGGCAAGUCCUUGUUGUUGGAUGUCACGGAACGCACGGCGCGCGACUCGUUCAACUCGUAUGAUGAUGAGAUGGACAACAACAACAAUAAAAAGUCGGUGGUCUUUGCCGACAUUCAAACGCGACUGUAUCCCGUCGCUCCCGACGACAAUCCGUCCGCCUCGGGCAAGGGACCGGCGAUUGCCUUAUCGGGAUGGAAAUUCAAGACCAUCCCCGAUGAAACGGUCGAAGAGCACGAAGCCAGCCGUGGUCAUGUUCGUAAAACCAUGGAAGAUUUGAAAUUGGACAUGAUGGAACGUCGCAAACGACUCCAGGAACACGGGGCGUCACAAAAGGAAAUGGCAGAAUUUGGUAGACGCGCUUACAAGGCCAAAAUGCAGCGUCUCGAAACCGUGCAGGCCGCCAAGACGUAUGGCAAGCAAUACGAGGCUCGGUUGGAACGACGCGCCGAUGUGGGCCGAUUCGUCCAGCGAGCCUUGGGAUUGCGCAAGACGGAUUCCCAGCGGAUCAAUGAUUUGUGGGAUCGAGCGCAGCAGUAAAGCAACAUGCAUCGGUACAAACAAUCACCACAACACACAACCGCCACAACACACUUCUGUCAACCAUCGAGGUACAAGACAGCCACCUCUUUUCUUCUUUGCAUUUUGCAGUUUUGAGACAUACAUACAUCACGUACUUGCAUGCACAACAUAGGAUGUCUUAUCACCGGCUCGUUUUUUCAAUUUUCAAGCAAAUUUUACACGAACCCGAGAGACAUAUAUAUACUAGUAGCAGCUAAUCUAAUUUCAUUCUAAUACAUACCACUACUCCAGAAACCAGUAACAUGUUCUUUCAUGUAAUCAAACGGUACAAGGCUCGCAGUCAAGUGGAUGAUGGCAAAAUUGAUGAUGUGACCUCUUGCCCUGCUUCAGAAGCCACCCACGCUCUGGAGCAUUGCCAGGCGGGGUUGCUCGGCUUGUUGAGAGUGCCCAUGUCGUGUUCGGUGACGGCACCAACAGCGCGAAUAGCAAUGCUGGCAUGCAAGGAAGAGUGUUGAGAUCCACGCAACCAUCUUGGACAUUGUAAGAAGGCACCUUGCAGUUAGUCUAUAAACCUUCAGCCCCAAACUCAACGUCAGUAGUUUUGACUGUCCUUCCCCUGGUUCCUCCUCGUGCGGCUGGAUCCAUCUUUUAUUCACGGUUUCACAUGCAGAAGAAGCUCGGCACCCAGGCAGAUGAUGGAUGGACUUCACCUUUAGUAUGCAGUGCCUGCGGUGUUCUUGCAUGCGCAAGGGACUAAUGUAGCUAACGGUAGUAGGGA